AUGAGCACCGCCAAUGUCUAUGAAGGUUAUAAAUCACCGCUGAGCACUCGUUAUGCCAGCAAGGAGAUGCAAUAUCUUUUUAGUGACCAGAAAAAGUUUUCCACAUGGCGUCAAUUGUGGGUAUGGCUAGCCGAGGCAGAAAAGAGUUUGGGUUUGGAGAUCACCGAUGCUCAAAUUGCGGAAAUGAAAGCCAACAUUAAUAAUGUUGACUUUGAGGCUGCCGCCGCCGAGGAACGUUUAACCCGCCACGAUGUUAUGGCCCAUGUGCAUGUCUUUGCCAAACAAUGUCCAUUGGCUGCACCCAUCAUUCAUUUGGGAGCUACUUCCUGCUAUGUUGGUGAUAACACGGAUCUCAUUAUCUUACGUGAUGCUUUGGAUUUGUUACUACCACGUGUUGCCUCAGUGAUUUAUUGUCUCAAAGAGUUUGCUUUGAAAUAUAAGUCACAACCCACAUUGGGUUUUACCCACUUGCAACCAGCCCAAUUGACCACUGUGGGAAAGAGAGCCUGCCUAUGGAUCCAAGAUUUGUUGAUGGAUGAACGUACCCUUCGUCGCUGCCGUGAAGAUUUACGUUGUCGUGGUGUCAAGGGCACAACUGGAACACAGGCUUCCUUUUUGCAACUCUUCAAUGGUGAUGGUGCAAAGGUUAAGGAAUUGGAUUUGAAAGUUACAAAAUUAGCGGGCUUUGAAAAACCUUACGGUGUAACUGGACAAACCUACUCACGUAAAGUAGAUGUGGAUAUCAUUGCUGCAAUCUCUAGUUUGGGUACGACCAUUCACAAAAUGUGUUCGGAUUUGAGAAUAUUGGCAUCACGCAAAGAAUUGGAAGAACCCUUCGAAACCACACAAAUUGGUUCAUCCGCUAUGCCUUACAAACGCAACCCCAUGCGUUCGGAGCGUUGUUGUGCCUUGGCUCGCCAUAUGAUUACCCUGUUCUCCAAUGCCGCCAACACACAUGCCACUCAAUGGUUGGAACGCACCUUAGAUGAUUCGGCCAAUCGUCGUUUAACUUUAUCCGAAGCCUUCCUUUCAGCUGAUGCUGCUCUCCUCACCCUUUUGAAUAUUUCCCAAGGUAUGGUUGUCUAUCCCAAGGUUAUUGAACGUCACAUCUCCCAGGAACUGCCCUUCAUGUCCACGGAAAAUAUUAUUAUGGCCAUGGUUAAGGCCGGUGGUGAUCGUCAAGUUUGUCAUGAAAAGAUUCGUGUCCUAUCGCAUGAAGCUGGCGCUCAAGUUAAACAACAUGGCAAAGAUAAUGAUUUGGUGGAACGUGUCCGUAAAGAUCCUUAUUUUGCACCAAUUUUAGAUCAAUUGGAUACCAUUUUGGAUCCCACAACAUUUACUGGCCGUGCCAGUGAUCAGGUUACAGAAUUUGUCAAUGAAGAGGUGGAGGGAGUGUUGGCAAACUACAAAGAGGCUUUGAAAAAUAUUCAAGUUGUACAAUUGAAUAUUUAAGCAGA